AUGCUCUCACGAGCGUUAGGGCGGAACAUCCGCAGAAAUGCCUACACGACGCCCUCGACGCUGUCGCAGCAAUUGACGCUGCCGUGGCUCUGCCCAGCGCUCUCCCGCAAGACUUCACACACACCACAUGAUGCGAGCCAACGGCAACGGCAGCGGCAACGACCGACCUCACUGUCGUCACGGCACGAGACACGCUCCCUCGCCACGUCUGCGCAGAUGCAACCCCCACCGCCCUCGGCCCUCCCCUUCGAUCCCUUUGCGCUGUCGCUAGGACGCCAGUUCCAAUCGCCUGAGUUGUCGCGGCUCCAGCCAUGGGACGCUUCAAAUCCUCUCGUCGUGCGUGACACGUUAGCGGCAUCCCCUCCGAUGCGUUCUGUCUACGGCCUCGGUGCCGACCCAAUCGAGCUACACCAGAAUCUCUACGCCUGCCUGCGGGUUGGCCGCCUGGACCGAGCUGCCAGCAUCAUCGCCCGCCUCGCCUCCGUCUUCAAUCCCGAAGCUGCAGAGCUCUUGGACGCCAACAAUGUCUAUCUGCAGACGCUGCUCGAGAGUAACCAGAUGGACCCAAGUGCCGAGGGCAUGCAGAAAGUCCAAGACUGGUACAAGAACAACAUGGUCGCAAAGGGCAUCCAGCCCAAUGCGCAGACUUUUGUUACCCUAAUCCGGGCGGCUAUGAGCUUCCUAGACGAGGGCACGCAGGAAAACGCAGUACGGGAAUACAUUGCAACCGCACGCAGACACGGCGACCAUGUUCUUGACCAGAUCAACGCCUCUCCCGAAUUCUCCGACGAGGAGUGGGACCUAUUGAUCCGUCUGCAACCGGAGUCCUUCAACGAACCCCCCUCGGUCGAGGAGGUCCAGGAUCUCCACGUCGCCACUCCCUCUGGUCGCAAGAACCUUAUAGACCACGGUCUGGUGUCCAAUCCAGCACAGCCCAUCAAACCCGUGAGACAGAAGGGCAUGGGUCUCGACUCGCUGAAGCAAGCCCUCACCAUGUUCGACGAUGGGUCAAGCGUUCCCUACCCACAUGAUAUGCCUGGGACUCAAGAAGACAAGGACAGGGCUUACGCAUACGCACGACAACUGAAGAUUGAACAGGAUGGAGUAGAAGCUGCUGUUGAGAGAUGGAAACAAGAAGAUGAGAAGAUGCAAGAAAUUGGUAUCUAUGGCGUUAUGAACUCCAAGCCUAUACAGGCCAUCAUGUACGGCUGGUACUCUGCCCUCGUACCGCUGUUCAAGCAGCGUAUUGCAAACGUAAAGGACACCUUGUCCGACCCCGAAAAGGUCAAGACGCGUGAUGAAGCCCUUUCCUACGGUGUUUGGCUGGAGAGAUGCAGGCCUGAAAAGUUGGCCGCAAUCACAGUUGCACGCGCUACUCAGGCUGCAGUAAAGGGUAAAGACGAAGACAACUCCGCCUACAAAGUCGCCGCGCUGUCUGUUUCCAUCGGUACCGACGUCCAAGACUACCUCAACGCCGAGUCACAGACGAGACGUGAUGCUUUCCUCCGCAAGCAGCGCAAGCAGACCCGGAUGAAUCUGGUCGAGAAACUUUCCAAAGAGACUAAAGAUACCCAAGAGGCUUCUUCUACACCAGCACCUCCGAAAAUGAGCUAUCAAAUCGAAAAGGCCGACAUACCACUAUCCGUACGAACCCGGAUUGGAGCUCUCUGUUUAGAGCUUUUGCUUCAAAGCGCAACCCUCACCGUGACCGCAAACGACCCCAGAACUGGCAAGACGCUGUCCCGUAAUAUGGCCGCCUUCCAUCAUGCAGUCGGAUAUCAUCAAGGCAAAAAGCUGGGCUUACUCGUGCCUCACCAUGAGCUCAUUUCCAAGUUACGAACCGAUUCUCGUGCUUAUGCCAAGUCAGCCAUCGAAAACGGUGACAUGAACAAAGUCAUGGCUGGUCUGGACGUGCUCGGUCGUGUACCUUGGCAGAUCAAUACUCCCGUCUUCGAGGUCAUGGCUCAGGCGUGGAACUCUGGCGAGAGUAUUGGGUCUCUUGUAGGAGAAGACUCUGUUAAUGGCCUCAAACGUCCCAAAGAACCUUCUGGAGAUGCCACAUUACAGGAACGGGCGAAGUGGGGCAGGGCUCUAAAGGAAUAUGAGAACAGCGUGGGUGGUCUGCAUUCGCAGCGGUGUUUCCAAAACUUCCAGCUAGAGACGGCACGAGCAUACGUGAACGAAAAGCAGAUAUUCUUCCCGCACAGCGUCGACUUCCGAGGUCGUGCCUAUCCAAUCCCGCCUAUCCUCAAUCACAUCGGAUCCGAUAUUUCGAGAGGACUCCUCAAGUUUGCGAACGGCAAAGAGCUCGGUACUGUCGGUUUACAGUGGCUCAAGAUCCAUCUUGCCAACCUUUACGGCUACGAUAAGGCUAGUCUGCGAGAACGUGAACAGUUCACCAUGGAUAAUCUGGAAGAGAUCUACGACUCUGCGACAAAUCCUUUGGGCGGCAGACGGUGGUGGACUCAGGCGGAAGACCCAUGGCAAUGCUUGUCUUGCUGCAUGGAGCUGAAGAACGCCCAUGAUCUGCCUGAUCCGACCCGUUUUGUUUCACAAUUACCUGUUCAUCAGGAUGGAACAUGUAACGGACUCCAACAUUACGCAGCGCUCGGUGGUGACUACGCCGGUGCUCGUCAGGUCAAUCUUGAGCCUUCCGACAGACCACAGGAUAUUUACACUGGUGUUGCUGAACUUGUCAAAGAGAUGGUCGCAAAAGACGCCGAGAAAGGUCUAGCACAAGCUUGCUUCAUCAACGGCCACAUUACACGCAAAGUUGUGAAGCGAACAGUCAUGACUAAUGUUUAUGGAGUUACCUUCAUGGGUGCGAAGCAGCAGGUGCAAGACGAGCUACGCAACUUGUUCCCUAACUUCGAGCCCACAAAACAGGUUUCUUCGCUCGGAAGCGUCGCGUUGUACAUUGCCUACAAAAUCUUUGACGCUUUGGGUAAGAUCUUCAACGGUGCUCAGGAAAUCCAAUACUGGCUUGGCGAAUGUGGCGAGCGCAUAACGACAUCAAUCACUGCUGAGCAGAUCAAACGGAUCAAAGACCGCUUCGAUGGCGCAGACCCUUCUGGAGCACUCUACGAUCCGAAAUUUAAGGCGCCACAAAAGGUCUCUGCAGGUCAACUAAAGCAACUCAACAAGGCUAUGGAGAGUUUUACGACUAGCAUUAUCUGGACUACCCCACUGAAGAUGCCCAUUGUGCAGCCCUACAGGAAAGAUGGAUUUCAAAAGAUCAAGACCAAGAUUCAAGACAUUACAGUCGCCAAGAAGUCUCAGCAGGAUGAAGUCGAUAAACGCAAACAGCUUCAGGCGUUUCCGCCCAACUUCAUCCACUCUCUCGAUGCGAGCCACAUGCUGCUUUCGGCAUUGAAGGCUAGCGAGAUGGGUCUUGACUUCGCCGCCGUACACGACAGUUUCUGGACACACGCUUCCGACAUCCCCAACCUCAACGUCAUUCUUCGCGAUGCCUUCGUACGAAUGCACACCGAAGACAUCGUCGACCGUCUCGCCGCAGAGUUCACUGCGCGUUAUGCAGGGGCUAUGUACCGUGCCACCCUUCAUAUCGGCGCGGACGUUAGUCGGAAGAUUACCCUGUGGAGACAUGAGCGCCGUCAAGCUAAGGGCAUUCUUUCGAAAGCUAAUGGCUCACGGCACGGAGAUGCUUCAUUCGAGGAAGUUGCGCUCGAGGCCAAGCGGCAAGAGCUUCUAAAUAGUCAAGAUCCCGAGAAGAGGAAGCAAGGUGAAGAGAUGGUCACACCUACCAGCAUCUGGCUUGAGAAUCAGGAUCCCAAGGCACUCCACUCGUACAGGCUUAGUCUUCUUGGGGAGACCAAAGAUAAGAAGUCAGCCGACAGGGAAACACAGGUUAAGGACGAGGCCUUGGGCGAAGAAGAGGACGCCGUCACCACCACCGAAUCCACGAUGGACAUUGUAGAAGAAGACGCCGAAGAUCUUGCAAAAGACCCCCAAGGCGGUCGCUACGCGACAAAGAAGAAAUCGGCAUCCCGUGUCGCUUACGAUCAGGGUACGAUUCAAGUCUGGAUCCCACUCAGCUUCCCGCCCGUUCCGCAAAAGGGCGGCUGGGACGUAUCUCGUCUCCGCGAAUCCAAGUACUUCUUCUCAUGA